AUGUGUCGGAGACAGCUACAGUCGGUACAACCGUGCGGGUAUCGCCGAAUCCACAAGCUGAAACGCUACGAAUUCUCGUCAGUGAUGAGGAUUUAG